AUGCCUUCUCAGGCGUCGCCACAAGGUAGUCCGCCCUCUGGGCAAGCGGCUAUCUCCACUGACAAACCUUCCUCAGGUUCUAAUGUCAUUCGCAUUCUCGUGGCAACCGACAGUCAUGUUGGAUACAAUGAGCGCGAUCCGGUUCGAAAAGACGACAGCUGGAAGUCAUUCCACGAAGUCAUGUGCCUUGCCAAAGAGCACGACGUCGACAUGGUACUUCAUGGCGGCGAUCUGUUCCACGAAAAUAAGCCUUCACGCAUGUCGAUGUACCAUGUCACUCAAUCACUACGCAUGAACUGCUUAGGUGACAAGCCAUGCGAACUGGAGAUGCUGAGCGAUGCCAGCGAGAUCUUCGGUUCAGUAUUCGAUCAUGUCAAUUACGAGGAUCCUAAUAUCAAUGUUGCGAUUCCGGUAUUUGCGAUCCAUGGUAACCAUGAUGACCCAUCCGGCGAAGGACAAUACUCCGCCUUGGAUCUACUACAGGCGUCUGGCCUGGUCAACUACUAUGGUCGAACGACAGAGGUUGACCGUAUAGAAGUCAAGCCGGUGCUGCUUCAAAAAGGCGAGACAAAGCUAGCAUUGUACGGACUCAGCAACGUUAGGGAUGAGCGGUUGUUCCACACGUGGCGGAAUGGAGACGUUAAAUUCUACCAACCAGAAGCUCAGACCGGGGAUUGGUUUAACCUGAUGACCGUUCACCAGAACCACGUCGCGCAUACGGCCACUAGCUAUCUUCCCGAGAACUUCCUUCCGGAAUUUAUCGAUCUGGUCAUCUGGGGCCACGAGCAUGAGUGCCUUAUCGAACCCAGGCUCAAUCCAGAAAUGGGCUUCCAAGUCAUCCAGCCAGGAUCGUCCGUCGCUACUUCUUUGAUGCCCGGAGAGGCUGUGCCGAAGCAUGUGACUAUUAUAAGCGUAGAUACUACUCAGGACAACCGCAAGUUCUGGAGUGAGCCUAUUAGGCUCAAGUCGGUACGUCCUUUCAUCAUGAAGGACAUUGUCCUGCAGGAGCAGCGGGAGGUCAUCGAUAGGAAGCUCUGGCGCGUUUCAGAGAACAAGAACAAGAUAUCCGAUAUCGUCAUGCGUGUCGUCGAGGAAAUGAUCGAGCAAGCACAGAGGGAGUGGCUUGAGCUACAGGACGAUCGAGACGAAGAUGAGGACAUAGAGAUCCCACUUCCGCUUGUUCGCUUACGCGUGGAGUACACUGCUCCCGACCCUGGCGAGUUCAAGAUUGAAAACCCUCAGCGGCUCUCGAACAGGUUCCAGGGCAGGGUCGCCAACGUAAACGACGUUGUCAUGUUUCAUCGAAAGAAAAAGACAGCUGCUCGCGUGGCCAAAGCAACUGCGGAUCUUCCCGAUGAAUCAGCUAUGGCGCAAUUAUCGAUAGAUACGGUGAAGGUCGAACAGCUUGUCAAGGAGUUUUUGACGGCACAGUCGCUCUCAAUCCUACCGCAGAACUCUUUCGGAGACGCCGUGGCUCAAUUUGUGGACAAAGACGACAAGAACGCCCUGGAGACAUUCGUCAAAGACAGUCUGGCUUCGCAGCAAAAGCACUUGCUAGAAGAUCAUGAUCUUGAUGUUGACGACCUGGAAGAUCAAAUAGGACAAUACAAGAGUCAUUUGGAAGGUGCGUUUGCUGCUGGCGAUAUGAGGCACAAGCGUAGGACUCAAGCCAAGGCUAGGCCGGAUAAUUAUGAUAGUGAUUUUGACGGACCUUGGAAAGAUUCGCCAAGUGCACGUGCUGGUAUGGAUGACGAAGAGGACGAAGAAGGUGCUGCGGCAGCUCCACCGAAGAAGGCUGCUAGAGGAAGGGGAAAGGCAACUGGUACAACACGCCAGACAACGGCUGCUGCUAAGAAGACCUCAGUUGCGGCAAAGAAAGCCCAAGCUCCGAGGACAACUAGAGGCAAGAAGACGGUGGUGACGGUGGAAGAGAGUAACGACGACGAUGACGAUGUGGUCAUGCUGGAUGAGGUCAAUCACGAGCAGCCAGAGGAGCCUAUAUCAGACGCUGAAGACCUCUUUGUGGGGCAAACGAAGCGCGCCGCAACGAAGAAACCUACCACCAGCAGGGCUACCCGCGCUACCUCGCCUGUAAAGAAGACGCCCGCGUCGCGGACUAAGAAGGCACCUGCGAGCAAGCAGUCUACUCUCAACUUCUCUCAAACAUCCACUCAGCGGGCGCCGACGCAGCGAGCGGCUGCAUCACGAGCGAGCAGGGCAGUAGAGGAAGUAAGCCGCGUACUGCUUCUCAUCCAUUCAAUUGAUACUGAUCUAUUAUAG